CCCUGCUUUGUUUUCUACGUAUUUUUUGUUUAUUUCAUAUUAUUUGUUAACUGAUGGUGCUAAUUGUAAUCUCAUCCAGGAUACUAUUUAUGUAUUUUAUCUAUUUAUUAUUGCAGUUGAAUUUCGUCGGGAAACUGUUCGAUGAUUUGUCCAAAAGAACAAGUUCGAUGAAUAUAUCAAUAUUCAGGAUAGCUUUAUAUUUUUUAAUGGAGUUUGAUAUGGUUGGUGUUGACCCUUCACUUGCUAAUGCCUUCCGUAGAAUUCUUAUAGCUGAGGUCAUUAGCUGGGGGAAAUUUAUUGUCACAAGCCACGUCCAGGUCCCAGUUAGAGUUGCUGGAGGACUACUAUUUGAACUUUUAGGCCAGUCAGCAGUAUUAGAGAAACUAUACUUUACACAAGAGUAUAAUGUUGAUUCUACCUGAAAGUGUUACAAGUUCCAUCAUGUUGAGGCCGUGACUUUGAAAUUGGCUAAGAAGAAUUGUGAAAUUAGAAAAAAGCGAGGGCAUGUCUGUUCUGGAUUCAGAGGAAAGGAAAACUCUUCCAUCUUUCCUACCUGUGAAAACAGCAUUUUUUAAUCAGCUAAUUCAUGUUGCCUCAUUUCGUGGCGUUUAUUCAACUCUGAAGAUAUGAUUCAGGCUUUAUUUUUAGGUUACAAAGCGCUUAAACAAAGAAAGACAGCAAGAAAUGUUAAGAGAUGAUGGUUUCAGGAAUACAGAGCCACAUGGUUUACGUUUGAACAGUUCAGAAGCACCAACCAGCUCAGAAUUCUCUUCCGACAACUCAGCAUGUUACAUAUCACUAAAACAAAGAAAGACUACUAGAAAUGUCAAGAAUGAUGAUGGUUUUACUACAAGAUGUAAGUUAUGUUAUUGUUGAGGUACAAGUAAUUGCAUUCCUUUUGAGUGUUAGUUUGUUUAAGCCUUGCUGUUUGUCGUUUAAAUCAAGUGUCUUUUUAGUUCUCUGCGGUCUUAUCUGUCACUCACAAGUAUACUGCAUCUGCUACAAGUUGCUAAAUCAAGAGUUUUGUUUGACUCUCAUGUUAAUCUGAUUACUGACUGAUAAUCAUGCAGAAUUGCAGAAUGGUCCAAUGAUUGGUUUAUUGUUGUGUCAAGUCUUUUGUACAUGAGAAGCUUGGCUUCUCAAAGUAGCUUUCUCUUUCUGAUAAACACACAGAAGUAUCCCACUUUCAAAUUUCAAAUCCUAUUCCUCUCAUUGCUAAUGCUUUUUUUCUAUUUUGUAUUUUCUCUUUUCCUCUCAAGUUCUUACAUUGUUUAUAAGCUUUCAUAAUUUGAUAAUCUGUAUUUCUUGGUUUACAGAUUGCGGGGUUUAUUGAUUAUGCGUAUGCUUUUUGUUGACACAUACCAGAGAUUGUCCAACAGAUGAUAAGGAGAGGUUCAAGCCUUCAGUCAUGCCCAGUUACUGGAAAAGCAUUGAUAGCCUACAAGUAAGGUAUACUAAGUGACUAAUAUUCUGCCAACUAGAGUCUUCCUAAAGAGGAGAAAUAUUACUCAAAGCACUCGAUGUCCAAGAUGCAAUAUGAACGAAGAAACAAUUUCUCACAUUUUCUGGACAUGUCAGUGGGCUAUCAAAGCAUGGUGCUUCAUAAAAAAUUUAGUGGUCAGAGAAUAAGAUCAAGUAUGGUACACUGUAGUUGCAGCGACGCUUUGGAGCUUAUGGCUGGCGAGAAAUGAGACGGUAUUUAGCAAAACUAACCAAUCUGAGGAGGGCCUAAAAGGUCUAAUAAUGUUUCGCGUAACGCAAUGGGGUAAAAUUUCAAACAUACUGUGCUUUGGAAAUGAACCGUUAUGGAAGGCUAACCCGAAAGGUGCACUACGAGUUUAUUACAACAGGCUUUCAAAUGAUUACCGGAAGUUCAGACAUAACUCAUUUGAUUUGGUCUGUUCAGUGGAUGGAGCAUGGGACAAUUUCAACUUCAAUCUUUGCACUGGAUCUGUAGGAGGAUACGUAAGAUACAAAAAGGCAAUCUAAUAUAUGUUUUUUCGGGUCCAAUAAAUGCUCCAGAUGCUCUAUCAGCAGAAAUCGAAGCCAUUCUUCACAUUGUUCGUUUGAUCCUGUCAAAGCAGCUUAAGUAUUAAAGAAUUUAUGCAGAUAUGGCUAGGUUUGUUGGUUAGUAGGUGUAGCUGUCUGUUUUUACAUGUUUAAAACCUUAAGAGGUUGAUGGAAGUGUAGGUUGUAUUCCCAGGGUUGAUCCCUCAUAUAUUAAUAUUUAUGGCUUAGCAAAAAAGAAAGGUACACAAAUUGACUCGCACAAUUCUCACAUUUCAG